AUGAAUGGCUUGGAGCGAUGGUAUUUUUAUCAUUCACCAGAUGAUAUUCGGAUCGAUGUGCUCAUUGAAGAUCUGCGUGAGUUCUGCAAUGUUGAUGUGGCUGAUAUAGAUGGUGAAGAAGGAAUUUGGCUUAUAGAUAAUUCUGAGGACGAAUUACGUGUAUUUUUGAGUGAUACAGUAUGUUGUACUAAUAGUCAACAGGAUAAUCGGAUUACAAAGACAUUAAGCAAACACCAGGUGUACCUGGUGCCCUUACAGCUUGACAAUGAGACUGUAUACCAGUUUUUAACAGAAAUUACAUCCAAUAUGGACGUUGUGAAAAUCGAUUAUAUGACUAGGGACACCAAGUUAUUGAAUCAAUUUCAAAUCCAAGUGAACGUCAGCGAUUUCCCCGCUGGUUUGCAUCUUUUACCUAAAUUAUUAAGCGAUAGGUUAGGGAUCUCGAAAGAGUUCCCAAUAAAAACAGUACAUAUUGUCCAGCAGAGAGUGACACUGCGAUCGACAUAUAUCGAGCAACCAGACUCAUCAAAUGCCAAUGGUGUUCUAUUAGAAUAUUUGUUAGGAUGUAAGAACCUCAUAGUUUAA